AGUGAAGAAUACAAGUGCAAGUCCAGAAAUAAACUUGGAGAGAAAUACUCUGAUGCUGUGACUUUAAACAUUACGUACUCUCCAAAGAAUGUCUCAGUGUCCAUCAGUCCAACUGGUGAAAAAGAAGAUUCAGUGACUCUGAGCUGCAGCAGUGAUUCAAACCCACCUGCAGAAAACAUCUGGUUUAAGGAGAAUCAAAGCUCAGCUGUUGGAUCUGGACAGAGUUUCAGUGCACUACAGAGUGGACGCUUCUACUGUGAGGCUCACAAUCAACACGGAUCUCAGAGAUCAGAUGCUGUUACUGUCACUGUUAAAGGAGAUAAAACAGUCCUGUACGCAGCUGUUGCGAUCGCAGUCGGAUGUGGACUUUUAUUUCUUAUCUGCAUCAUCAUGUUCAUAAGGAAGGCAACAAGUGGCGUUGCAGACGUCAGACAGAAGCAGGUUGAACAGCCUUCCAGCUCUGAGAGGAACCACUGUGAUGAUGGUCUGUAUGCUACAGUUUCACCCAAGAGACCCAGCGCAGAUCAGACCCCGGGAAAAGCCAAAAAGAUAGUGUACGCAACCUUCCAACACAUCCGAAACAAUGAGAGCAACGAGAAUCUGAGAGUGCACCAUCCUGAUCCUGCUGCGAGAUUCGAUGCGAUGGUGGGUAAAUCAGUGAUUUACAGCAGAAUCAAAUGAUCCAGGACCUGUCACACGGAUUGAAACUGAAGCUGCACUCAAUCAGCUGAGUGUAAAUAUACUGCAGCUUUGAAUCAGAUGUUUAGAAUAGUGAUGUAAAUGCAUGUCAAGACACAUGACAUUUCUCCCUGUUAGUAGUUGAAUAGGAAGUACGUACCAUUACCACAAACUAAGAAUGUCCAUGGUGGUUAUUUACAUCAUUGUACCUAGAUGUUUUUAAGACUGUGGUUAGUGAUUGGUGCGUCUGUGUGGGGAAGUUACAACCUCAACUAGCUGCAUUUAAACGCCUGUCGAAACUCUUUCUGUUAAUAGCAUGUUUUGUAAUGUUUCCAAAGAUUUGCGUAAUUUUCCAUGAAUUGCAAUCUCGGUGUUACGUGUCUUAGUC